ACUUCACACACUUUGAAACCUCGCCACUCAGACAGCUCCCAACCACCUUGAACGAUUCGAUUAUCAGUCCCUAUUCCACACAUGGACCACGGCAUUUCUACCACUAGUCUUGCUUCUCCUCGGCCCCAGUACCCGCAUCAGCUCGGGGAAAGCUCAAAAGCGCAAGCCGCACAACAACGGCGUACCGAGCUACAUACGCCAUUCCGGGCCGCCUCAAUGGCGACGCCUUUCUCAGACAUCACAUCGGACAGUAGCGAAGCAUCUCUCGCAAGCGAGCCGGACGAUGGUCGAUACAGCCGUAACCACGAGCGCAAGCUCCUCCCAAUGCUCGACCUCGACCUCGAAAAAGCCGGGACCCCACAAACAAAUAGCUCCGCCGCGUGGCUACAAUGGCGGGCGGAACAAGGACGCGCAGCCCACAUCGCGCGUGGGGAAGCAGCGACAUCUCGCGCCAAUCCGUACGCGGGUCCGGCGCUCGUUGGCCGCGCGCAAGCCCCGUGGGCAGACGCCGGCGUUCGCAUGAACCAUGGAUGGGAGCGCAUGUUCCGUGCGGCGUCCGUGACGAACGACGCACAGGUGCGGAAGAAAUUCGCGGAUGAUAUCGUGAAUACAGGAAAAUGGGAAGAAGGGACGAGCGAGGUUCUAGCGCUCGCGGGCAUGCUCGUCGAGCGCGCUGCGGAAGGCGACGCGCAGGGCUUCGUAUCUGUGGCUCCUUUCGCACGGAACCUGCACGAGUCGUUCAAGCGCAAGAACGGAGCUGUUGCAGCUGAGUUCCACGGUCAGCUGAGACGGUGCAUCUGGGAGGAGUUCGAAGCCUGGUGGCAGCCGGGAAAGCCCACGGCAUUGUCCUCAUUUAAAUACAAAGGAAAGCCACAAGCUCUGACUGCAAGCCUCGCAGUCGCGACUCUCAUCGGUGACCUCUUCACCGUCAACCUGGUUCCCCCCGAAACGGUAAUCCUCUGUCUGCAAGUCCUCAUAGGCAACAUGUUUGCGGUGGAGCAGGCUCGUGCUGUGCGCGCUAUGCUUUCCCGUGUCGACGCUCGCCUGAAAGAUGCAGAUCCGGCAGCGGUUGAUACAGUCCUUGCGGCUUUCUGUGUCAAUGUCGACCACGUCAAGACGAGCUUCAUUGGGGAGUUCAAGGACACAGAUGUCAAAGCUCAAUACGACGACGUGGAGACCAUCUACAAGCGAUGGGACAGAGUCAGGGAGAUGUACACGCAAGGACACUCCGUUGCGUACCCAUCGGUCUCCGAGACCGACGAUACUCCCGUACAACCUUCGUUCCCCACCCUCACCCCUACGGCCAUCUGGCAGCCCGCGCCACGGAACACGCCGGUGAUCAGUUAUAGAGUACCGGCGCAGAAUCCGCCCGCAUGAGCGCCAUUGCUAUCGUACGACCCUGCUAGUCUGCACAUCCCUUCCUUGUCUCCGUGUAGCAUUGCAUAGC